GUCCAAGGACAGGAGACCAUGGCCCAGCUCAGGCUGGCAGGCGAGAAGGAACACAGGCCAACACCUCCUUCCACCCCUUUCUGUUCAGGACCCCCGUGGACUGGGGCGAGACCUACCUGCACGGGGCAGGGCAGUUGGCUUCGUUGAGUCCCCAGCUCGGAUUAGCUUAACAUGGCAGACCAGAGACAGCGCUCACUGUCGACCUCUGGGGAGUCAUUGUACCACGUCCUUGGGCUGGACAAGAACGCAACCUCAGAUGACAUUAAAAAGUCCUAUCGGAAACUUGCCUUGAAAUAUCACCCCGACAAGAACCCUGACAACCCGGAGGCUGCAGACAAGUUUAAGGAGAUCAACAACGCGCACGCCAUCCUGACAGACGCCACAAAAAGGAACAUCUACGACAAGUACGGCUCGCUGGGGCUCUACGUGGCCGAGCAGUUUGGGGAAGAGAACGUGAACACCUACUUCGUGCUGUCCAGCUGGUGGGCCAAGGCCCUGUUUGUCUUCUGUGGCCUCCUCACGUGCUGCUACUGCUGCUGCUGUCUGUGCUGCUGCUUCAACUGCUGCUGCGGGAAGUGUAAGCCCAAGGCUCCUGAGGGCGAGGAGACGGAGUUCUACGUGUCCCCUGAGGAUCUGGAGGCCCAGCUGCAGUCUGACGAGAGGGACCGCUGUCCAGGAUCCGGCAUCCGACAUAAUCGAGGUCCCAGGCUCCGAGGACGCCGCGCCCUUGGCCGUGGACUUCCACGCAGGAAGACGCUGGUGCUUGAGAGGACGUGGCUGCUGCGAAGAGUCACCGGAGGACCGCGUCCUGUGUCAAGAUGCGUCCGGCCCACGGCUGAGCCCCCAGCAUCAGUCCUGAGCUACACGGCUGAGCCCGGGAGGCUGAUGGGAGUUAUCCGGGCUUCUCCCCACACUCCGGGGCCCGUCGUGUGGGCGCUGCGCGUGCACCUCCUCUUCCUCAGUAAACUGCGGCGGCGACUCCCCUCGGGGAGCACGAGGGGGACGUGCGCGGAGAGCAGGGUAGGCAGGACCUAAGGGAACCCGGGCUCGCGGGUGUGGGCACGGCAGAGACCACGG